GCCUAAACCUCCUGUAAAAGCUCAAUCCAUCGUGAUCCCUAAAAUCCCCUCCCAUCCCCCCUUGUUUCACUCAGUUCCUUCACUGUUACCACUGACAAGCUGCGACAGGGGCAUAUACUGCCUCGCUGUGGAAAAGUUGUAUACGCGCUUGCUGUGUGCGAUCAGCUUGUCCCUGCCCCUGGCCAUCGACAGUUGAGGCUAGGUACUCUUGGUAUCACCGCUACCUACCUGUACUACUUAGGAAGCACACCUGCUAGUGCUACAUAGGUACCUCUAGAUAGAGAUAGUGCAGAGGUGGUUAGUACAACUUGAACACACCUUCCACCAGCAGCGCUACUAUCAGCCGGCCAACGCAACGUUCAAAUAAAACUACCUCUACCUGCCACUUCCCUACCAGCACGGGCACCGGCCUCCACUGCCUACUACAUCAUCAAUUGAGCCGGACCAGCAACUUCAGUUUCAACACCGCCCACAUCAGACCCUCGAACUCAAUUCGCGCGCCGACAUCUUGGAUACACCUCUGUUCCCCGAACACAUCGAACGGCACCGCCAGGAAUACACUACACCCGUUUUUAGGACCCAACCGCGACAUUUGGACGAUUUUACACCGAUCCGACUCAUGAACCAAGGAUAGCGAGAAGCCAAUGUGCAAGCGCUGAUUUUCCCGCCAUUCGCCAACAGCACCAGACUCUGAAACUGUCAUCCCAUCUUACCUCUACACUCGACAUCAGACGAUAUCGCUGCUUCUUCUGAGCAUGUCGAACGACCCGUCAGUGCGCCGGCUGCUCCCGCAGACUUCGCAGAUGGGUGCAUUUACCUUUGCGCCGCCUGCUUACCAGCAACCGCCACGCGAAACUCAGAAAAACUAUGUCUUCGUUGACGAACACAAUCGCCACAAGCGGUUGAAGGUUAUGAGAGCCUGCGAAGGAUGCCGAAGAAGGAAGAUCAAGUGCGACGCCGCCACCACCAACACUUGGCCCUGUUCGGCAUGCAUCCGCCUCAAGCUUCAUUGCGUUCGGCCAAAUGGAUUUGAUGGAGCCGCCGAACCCCAAGUUUACGAACCCCCACGUGCCCAGUUUGACUCGUCACCUGUUCCGGAGAGUUAUCACCAGCAGCAACUGGCUUUGACCGACCACCAACAGCUCCUUACGCAUGCUCAAGCUCCCAAAGCCACGCCGAUAUAUCCUCCUCAAACCUCCUUCCAGGACACGGCAGCGCUGUACCAUACAGUGCCGUACACGCAGCCGCAAGCUGUACCCCAGAACCUCCAGUAUGCUGCCGUGCACUCUGCAUAUGCGACCCCGGAUUCCUUUCCGACGCCCCCCUCCAUGCACCAGGUACCCCAGGUGUCACAGCUACCUCAAAUUUCUCAACAUCCUUCUUCACCUGAGGACUUUCAAUCCGAAUAUGCGCAGCAGGACUUGGCAGACCUUCUGGGUUCGCUCAAGGUCAACGAAGCAGGAACAGCUCCGUAUUUAAACAGCAAAAUGCGAUCGGCCGAUGAUGAAGAGCCCUCCGUAGAAGAGACCGAAGAGGACCAGUUUACGAAGAACCUGCCGCCUCUGACGGCGGGCAAGAUUCGCAUACCGCCCGCUUUGAUGCCGUCGGAAGAUCUGUGCCUCCACUACUUCGAUCUCUACUUUACGCACACGCAUCCUUAUGUUCCAGUGCUGGACAAGAAUCAGUUCUAUCAUCAGUGGCACAAUAACCGGGAGGCUAUUUCGCCCCUUAUCCUUGAGGCCAUUUUUGCGAUUGCUAAUCGUCUGGCUGAUGAUGCGGCGCAAGGCCAGCAGUGGCUGUAUCUUGCAACACGACAUGCCGAUUCGUUUCUUGAUGUACCUCGAUUGAGCACCCUUCAGGCAUCAUUGAUCCUUCUCAAGGCGAGGGAACAGGCACCGAAGAAGGGCUACUACUACCGCUCUUGGAUGAGUAUUGUCCAAUGUGUUACAAUGGCUAAGGACCUUGGGCUGGACGAGCACUAUGCUGAUCACCAAGCCGGUCGAUCAUGUGGCUUAAGUCCUGCAGAGUGUCAGCUGAGAGACAGGAUUUGGCAGACUAUCUUCAUCGUGGAGAUCAUGAUUGGUACUCCUCAAGGAAAAACGGAUCUUGCGGUCGAAGAAGAGACUGUCAAUUUUGAAGUUCCGAGACCCUUGCCCAACGGCGACACGUCGGAGUAUCAUGUAUCCCGAAAUUUUGUUUACUUUUCUAGGGUUGUCCGCAACGUCUGCCGGAUGAGCAGAGUUUAUUCACGCCUCAAGAGAAAUAAGGAGUGGGGUAUCGACCCUGAAUUCGUUCAGAUUAGGCCUGCCAUGGACGCAUGGUUAACUGACCUACCACAUGACCUUCAGCUUGAUUUCCCUGUUGAUGGGUCGCCUCCGUGGUUGCCCUCCUCGUUUGUCGGCAAUAUGCAUUCGUAUUAUCACCUUAGCAUCAUUUUGUUCUACAGGCCUCAGCUGGCCCACAUGACGCCGACAGGUACUGGAGGUCAAUGGAAGCAGCACAUGCUGGUCUCAUACCGAGCCGCCAAGAUGCUCUGCAGGUUACAAGAAGGCAUUAUCAACCAGUUUGGCAUUGCCGGGUUACAGUGCAUGCAGCGAGGUAUCAACUUCACGCUAUACGCGGUCCUCGCUUGUAUCGUAUUGCAUUUAGUCGCUUUGACAUCACCGGAUCCGGCCCUCAACGCGGAGUCGCGAGAAUACUUCACACGCCACAUGCGGGUAUUAGAGAAAUGUAUGGGUGCUUGGCCAAUGCCCGAUAUGCAGCGGCAGAUCGAUUCUGUUCGGGAAGCCUUUUCCCAGGAUAUCAGGAAGCCGUUUGUUCUGAAGCCUAGCUUCCCCUACGGAAGCCCAUCGUCAACCUCGCAUCCAAGCCCACCAGGGCCGUCGUAUCGAUCCGAUAUGUCGAGGACUAGCUCCAUCGACCAUCAGCUCGAUACGCAUGUGCAACAUUCUCACUCACUUGCAAUGAUGUCUUCCGGUCACGGGACACAAGCAUCUUCCAUGGCGCAGACAAUGCCACUCACGGACGCCCCCGCGUGGAACCCGUCUCGCAUUUUUGAUCAAUGGAAUGCCCAGUUUGGCAACCCCCAGGUUCAGCAUCCUUCUCAGCUCACCAACCAUGCCAGUCCAUUGUCUCUUCCCUCUUCUGGCGCCUCGGAAACUAGCCUCCAAGACUUGCAGGCGGCCCAGGCUCAACUUUCUCCCGUUUCACAGCAGAUGCCGCAGUACCCAACCAACCCUGUACAGACCUUCGUCACUCCUGCGAUGUGGCAAGAGUCUGUGGCUAGUGUCUACGAGGGAGGCCUCAAGCGUUCAUGGGGCGAUUACGAUGGUCAUAUGCCAGUCAAGCGUAACCGAUAACAGCUGGACAAUUCAUCGCGCGGCGUAGCGCGUCACACACAUGCUUGCGCCAAUUCCAGCACCCACACAAUUCGACCACUGUUGCACGGGACGAGAACAUUGAGACUGCCAGGAUUUGAUAGUCUCCUGGUUAAUGAUAUACCAGGUUGCGGGCGAAUCAAAACGGCAUUGCAUGACAUAUAUGCUUGUGUUACACUGACAGAGUUUCAAUGAUGUUAUGAUAACGACUUUUGACCUAAGCAUCAGCAGAAAUGGCUUGUUCUCGGUAUUUUGUCAUAUCUUCUCGACAGCACGGGCCAAAAAGGGAUAUCUGUAUCAGGUAUAUCUAUUGAUCGGAGAAGAAAAAUAAGAGCAGAAGAAAACUCAGUCGACGGUGGCUGGUACACCGCGGCAGGGAACUAUCAACAAGGCAUCUUCUGGGGAGGAAAGUAUUUUGAUUCUCCGUCCCCGGGAGACGAGACCGUAGGGGUGGUGGGAUCUAGGGUCUUAAUCACCAAGCAGUGGAGGUUUUGUUUUCCUCUCUUAUACAUUCACCAUUCUCCGGUGGUCGAAAAUAUGGAUACCAUUCGUCUCUUUAUGGAUAUCUUUUGCAGCAUUUGUAUUAUUAGUUCUAUACCACGGUCAGACGAAAGUUGCGUUACAUAUUCAUCAGGAGGCUUGCAGAUUUGGUGUCAAUAAUGGUCCGUGAGGUGGUGUUGUCAGAAUUGAGAGACUUGAUUGUUGUGGUCAGAAAUGUAAGUGCCAUGUGCUAGCUGGGACGGAUAGCUAUGUGUUGGGCUGACGAUUCAUGAUCUACAUGAAGCAUUGGAUGGGAAUAGUUCUAUAGGAUGAUUGUAGUAUAGAGAAAACGUUUUCAC